UUGGAUUAUUCAGACGGGCUUGUCCUCUGGAUUUCAAAGGUAAUAAUAGAUAUAAAACGGUGAAGACUAGAACAAGAAUCCGUAUAAACGGCAACGCUAGAGCAGUUUCUUUGUGCCCUCGUAUUCCUUCAAUUCAAUGUGACCGGACGACUUGCAAAUCGUUGACGCUCCAGGAGGGUGCGCGUGGCCGCAGGGGUUUUAAGCAACAGUCGGAGAGAGGGGGAGAGAGAGAAAUGGGAUUGGGGAGGUCCGUGGUGCAGCUCCUUUUCGUCCUAGUUCUGAUCGUCUUCGAGGAGCGUGUGUCUCUGCCAUCUUGCCACGAUGUCCCCUCGAAUUUGGACGGUGGCGACGGGCCUGGUGGCUACGGUGACGUGAAGGUGAUGAUGGUGGCCAACCUCCUGCUGAUGGGCUCCGACUCUGGCUAUUUCGACGUCUACUUCCGUGAUUCUUACAUGGCCAAGUUCUUCAGAAAAUCCUUUCAAAUGCUGAAGCCUGACAUGUUGGUGGUCUUGGGUGAUGUCUCUGCAAAAGGAAAUCAGCUUUCAAGAAGCAAAUGGUUAUCAGUUCUACAUCAACUUCAGCAUUUGUUGGGUCCAUUCCUUGGACUUCCACUCCAUAUAAUUCUAGGGGACAGAGAUAUUGGUCAUUGUAAUGAACUCGAUCUAAAGCUUGUUGAACAGAUAUCCAGUAGUUUGCCUGGAUUAGACUCAGUUGGUUGUGGGGUGUUUGAUGUGAACAAUAUUAGCUUCAUAUCUCUUAAUGCAAUUGCUAUGCUUUGUAAGAAUGAUUUACGUUCUCAUGUUGAAAAGGUUAUAGAAAGAAUGAAUCAGGAACGACAAAGACUUGCCAUAAAGGGAAGUGACAGAUCAUUUGGGCCUGAUCAAAAUGGUAAAAACUUUCAAUGGAGGGAAAAUCCCACUUCUGGUGCCAGACCUGUACUUCUGCUCCACUUUCCGCUACAUAAAACAACUGACAGCAACAAAUGGACACAUAAAAGGUUCCAUGAAGCAUUAGAUGAUGUCAUCAUAAAGGACCCUGACAGGGCAUCUGUUGAUGAUGGUUCCCAUGAGCCUCAGACAAUUCCUCUGAAUGUAACCGAGUAUAUUCUUCAGGCUCUCAAACCAAGGGUUGUCUUCAGUGCUCAUACCCAUGUAUUUGGUGACCACAUCCACAAAGAUGGGACGCGAGAGGUUAGUGUCCCCACAAUGGCAUGGGAUGUGACAGAGGAACCUGGAUUUGUUAUGGCCUCAUUUGGGGAAAACGAAGGAGUAGCCAUCAGCCACUGCUCUUUAGCUCGUCAAUCUUACGUUUUAAUGGCUUAUGUUUCCCUACUCGUCUUGUUGAUAUCCACAACACUCAUUAUGAGCAGACCUCUGCCCCAUAAUUCAUUGAAUUGAGAACAAUUUACGCACACUGAUUUUAGCAGGAAGAUGAUUUUCUGCAUGUGAUUGCCAUCUUAUGCCCCCCUUUUUUUGCUGGUACGGGUGAUUUUGUUUGGAUUAGCUUGUAAAUUAUUGGGUGACCAUUUAAAAAUUAAAUGAGGAAUCUAGUGGAUAUCAUAUUAAGUGGUCA